AGUCCACUUUUCAGCCAUGAAGAACCUGGUCCUGGUCCUGGUCCUGGUCCUGCUGGGUGCGCAUCUGGCAGAGGCUGUGAGGUGUUUCGCACACUUCAGGAGCUCAUCAGGUGAGUGUGAGGAGGAGCUGGGUGAAGUAGAAGAAGAAGAUUGUUGCCAGAAUCCUCACUAUGGCUACGUCACACCAGAUGGACGCUGCCACUCCUGCGGUCCUCCAGGGUGGUCGGACUGGUCGCCAUGGUUACCGUGUAACGUCCUGUGUGGGGAAGGGGUGACCCAGAGGAGCAGGAAGUGUUUUGGCAUCGACCAAUCACAUUGUGACAACACGGCGGACACACUGCAGACACGACCUUGCACUGGCACCUGCUGCAAUGAGGGGGGCUGGGCCUUGUGGCUCCCCUGGUCUCCCUGCUCACUCACCUGUGGAGGUCGCGGGGUCAGGAAGCGAGAGAGAAUUUGCUCCGCCUCCCCUGAGUGUCACGCAGCCUGUGUAGGAUCUUCAGAGGAGGCGGAGCCCUGCCUGGCCGACAACAGGUGUCCAGUGCACGGCGCCUGGUCCCCCUGGUCGGCGUGGUCGGUGUGCUCCGGCACGUGUGUCGACGACGAGCGCCACGACAUCGCCGUGCCCUCCAGAGAACGACGUCGCUCCUGUUCCAGCCCCGCCCCUUCCGCCGACACGCAGCCUCCUGGUGACGGUUGCCAUGGAGACGGCGUGCAGCUCCAGGGCUGCAGCGAGCUUCCCAAGUGUCCAGUGGACGGUCACUGGGGGGCGUGGUCACAGAUGAGCGCUUGCUCCACCCCCUGUGGAGAGGGACUUCAACUCUCCAUGCGCAAGUGCAAUCAGCCCGCCCCCAAAUAUGGCGGACGCUUCUGUGAGGGAGCGAGCGCUCUGAGUUUUGUGUGUCACACCAUUUGUGCAGCGGACGGGUUCUGGUCCGGUUGGGCCAACUGGGGAGAUUGUUCCUCUUCCUGCGCUCCAGAAGGCGGAGCUCCCGUCAGGACUCGCCAGCGCUUCUGCUCCAGCCCCGCCCCCUCCCUCUUUCCCCCAGGUGAAGGUUGCCAUGGUGACAGCCAGCAAACAGACAAGUGCAGUCACCUGCCAGCCUGCCCGGUCCACGCAGGAUGGGGGUCCUGGUCCCCCUGGUCCCCCUGUCAUGUCACCUGUGGGGUGGGUCGCCAGCUGUCACUCAGGAAGUGUGACAGCCCGCCCCCUCAUCAUGGAGGCACUUCCUGUCCUGGCGAACACCGACGCACUCGCGCUUGUGUGACCAACGUCCACUGUCCAGUGGACGGUGUGUGGUCGGAGUGGUCGCCAUGGCAACCGUGUAAAUACCCCUUCAGGGAGCGAGACAUUCGCUGUAAGAAGAUCGCAGGAAGUCAGAGUCGAGAACAUCGAUGUCUGUAUCGUGCUCACAAUGGAUCCAUCUGUAGCGGCACCCUGCUGAGCGACUCGCGCAUCUGCUAUGAUGUCAAAUCCUGUUACUUUCAGGGCAGCUGGGGCGUGUGGGAGGCGUGGUCUCUGUGUAAGCCGCCAUGUGGACAAAAGUCACGCCGCCUCCGGAGCAGGAAGUGUCUUCCUGAUUACAGCGACUAUCGUUCCAGCAUCAGUCGUCACAAGGACAACGUGACCUUCUACGGGACUCCUCUGGUCGACUGCAAGGAGACGCCUGAUGACCUGGUCUCUGAGGCACAGCCCUGUGUCAAUGUGCCACCCUGUGACUGACCCCUCUGUGACUGACCCCCCUGUGACUGACCCCUCUAUGACUGACCCCUCUGUGACUGACCCCCCUGUGACUGACCCCUCUGUGACUGACCCCUCUGUGACUGACCCCCCUGUGACUGACCCCUCUGUGACUGACUCCUCUGUGAUGUGACUGUCCCCCCUGUGACUGACCCCUCUGUGACUGACUCCCCUGUGACUGACCCCCCUGUGACUGACCCCUCUGUGACUGACCCCUCUGUGACUGACCCCUCUGUGACUGACUCCCCUGUGACUGACUCCCCUGUGACUGACUCCCCUGUGACUGACCUCGCCUGUGACUUUCCUCGCCUGUGACUGACUCCCCUGUGACUGACUCCCCUGUGACUGACCUCGCCUGUGACUGACCUCGCCUGUGACUGACUCCCCUGUGACUGACUCCCCUGUGACUGACUCCCCUGUGACUGA